GGAGAACACGAUAAAUGGGAUGGCUUGAGAACUACAUCACCGAACAGUCCCUUUCGAGGCGGUGGACGGACGCUACAACACGUGUCGAGUUUGAAAAUUAAGGCGGGAACUUGUUCUUCUCUAUAAGUAAUUAAUUAUAUUGCGUGGACAUGAACUGGCCUGAGCCUGAGGACAAGGACAAAGGGACAACUAGGACAUCCUCAAUAAUCUUAUAGAUAAAUAUAGGUUGCGCCAGUAUCUAUGUGAUUGCCAACUCUUACUUCAUCUUAAUAAUAACAGUGAUCUCUAUUAGAAGAUUUAAUUUCUUAGUCCUCUGCAGCGAAAACCUUCCCUAGCACGGUGAGUGAGUAGCUUUCUUCCCCACGCCCACUUGACCCAUCUCUAACAAGCAACUCCAUCCCGGCAUUUACGCGCGUGCCCAAGAUGGUGAACGUGACGAGACCACUGGGUUGACGCGGAAACCUUAUGGGUUAUUUCAGGGGACGGCGAAAACGUCCGAUCAUUGGGAUCCGAACAACAGUAGGUUAGGCUUCCCAUCUGGCAUCGAGCGCGAUCCGAGUGUAGGAAGCUUGCUGAAUACAGGGAAACAUCAUCUGUUAUGGUUUGAUGGAAAUGCCACUUGAAUGAAUUAUGUCGGCUGUCAUUUACUAACUGGUCUAGAAUAAAAGAUUGUUCUUGUCGAUGCAGAGUUACAACUAGGCUACAUACCCGUCCCUAAUCAAGUAUUCAGGUUUGUGCUUUUGUUGUCGAGUAUCCUGCUAGGCACAUUCAUUCAUUCAUUUAGGAUGUUCCCUUUCCACCUAUGAAUAUGAUCGUUGAAAGACCCUGAGUAGAUAACGACCCUUUUCAUCUCCUGGCGACCCAGAGAGUGCCUACGCGACUACAACGGAAGUCGGGUUCAGGCAGGUCGCGACAGCGUUGAAGUGGCAAGAUCUGUUCGAGGAGUGCUAUCGCCAUAGUCCCAUCUCAAGCCCCGUCCUCUACAAAAGCAGUUUUCUUUCACCUGUGAAAGGGCCUGGAAACAAUGAGUUUAUGAUCAUCUUGUUUAGGAAAGUCAAACUCAUCAAAGAAAGUCUAGGCUAUAGUACACCCCUCAUGUUAAUCUUGAAAAUGGGUCCAUUGUUUGAGGCGUCUUGCUUGCAUGGGACGCGUCUCCGAUGCUUCUGUUGUGCACCUUUAAUUGGACAUGAUCUUCAACAUAGGAAGCUAGCAUCACGAGGACAACAUCGCAGAGUUAACAUACAUAAGUAAGUUGUCAUUUUUGUGUAAGUUACAGUAGUCAUUUUUUUCGAGCAAAAGACACAUUGAUAUUAUCGAGAUUUAAUAUCAUUCAAGCACAUCUUCAAAUUUUAAAAAGAACACGAGGACUAGAAGUUGUUUUUUCCGACCACGACCUGCGUACACUACUACUACUGCUACUACCUCAUCUAAGCAUUCUCUCCUCUGCACAACGAGCGGCAAGAAGAUUGAAACAGGACCUCGACGUCAUCGUGAACUCGCUGUUGGUCAUCCCGAACGUGUUUUGCUUGACGAGACACGUGGCGGCCAUUGCUUCCAGGGUCGUGUGUAUCCUGGCAGACCAUUGCAUCGUUCACGAUCGAGUGAAGCUUUGUCCAACGGGCAUCCUUGGUCAGAGAAGAAGCGAGAAUUCCGAGCAAGCCGCGAACGCACAGUGCAAAAAGCAGAAGAAGCAAGGAAAAAAGUUAAGUCGCAGUAGAGGCUUGAUGUUGAUCGAUUUUGUUUGCUAGAAGAUAGACUCUACUAAGUUGUACAAUUUGUGAUGGUUAACGUAUCAAUGCGAGGAUCAUGAGCUUAAUCAGACCCUUUUCUCCAAGGACAAUCCCUCACCUCUAACAAGCCAGAAAAAGAGGAAAUCGCGCAGGAAACGAAGGAGGAGUUACGUCGCCUCUUUGGAGACCAUCUGA